AUGAAUUCCAAGCAACAACUCGUUUCCAAAAUCGUGAUUGGUGAAAAUUCUUCUUCUUUGGAUCACCCAAAUGCAAGAACACCCACAACAACAACAGCAAUAGAUUACACACAACAACCACCGACAUUGAAUGAUCGUGAAUAUAUAUUAAACAAUGAGGUUUCGUCCUCUCCAUUCACCACCAGUAGAAGCAGUAGGAGUAGUAGCAGUAUCAUCGCUUCCGAUUCGGUUGAUUCAUUCAAUUUUAAUAAUAAUCAAAUGUUGAAUUCCUCUCUCUCCCAAGACCCACUUGAAGACUUGAGUAAGAAUGAAGAAAAAAAUUAUGUAUUUGAAAUUAAUGAUUAUUCCAAGUUGACAGCAUGGGAAAAAUUUGUGGAUCAAAUUGAAAGCUGUAUUGUGACAUGGUGCACUAAUACAGCACCAACAGCAGCAGCAACUCGAGAUUCUUCUCAUCCUCGUCGUAGUCAACAACAAUUUUCUGAUUUUUCACAUCAUUCUCAAUUACUGAUCUAUGGAGGAGCUAAAUAUAGACUAACUUAUUUCAAAAACACAACUAGUAGUAGUAAUAAUAGGACAUUUAAUACUACUAGUAGUAGUAAUAGUAAUUUCAACAACAACAACAAUACUAGUAACUAUAACAGUAGUAGUAACAACAGCAAUAGUAGUAGUAACAAUAACAAUACCAGUCCUUCGACUCAUCAUUCUCAAACAUCCUCCUCCUCCUCCUCUAUUCAUUCUUCAACCACUUGUUGUCAUUUCGAUACCAAUUUUUUAUUAGAGAAUGACAAUGAUUUUCAACAUCGAUCACAUCACUUGACACGUUGGUUUGGAGUUCAAGAAUUUCUCAUUCUUUCACAAUAUAUUGAAAAACGAAAUGAACAACAUUCACAUCACCAUCAACAACAACAUGGUAAAUCUCUUUCAAAACAACUCAUUACCACAUUAUUGAGUGCCAUUUCAAUUGCUCUUUCAAAUACUCACUUUUCAAUACCAUAUUUUGUAUUAUGUGAUGGAGUUCAUGAUUAUAUUGGAAGAUUUAAUUCCUCUCUUGUGAAUCAAAUCACAAGAUUUAAAAGUGAAUCUUUGAGAAAACAAUUAGAACAAAACAAAUAUCUUUCUUCUCGAUAUACAAAAUUAAGUGGAAUUAUUGAACUCUUUUGUUUUAACAUUGGAAAACAUGUUAAAAUUUGUAAUGAAAUUCAAAUCAAGGCAAGAUAUAACUACGUUCUAGAAUCCUACAAUUCACAACAAUGGAAUUGGAUGAAAAAUAAUUUCUCAUUGAAAGAAUCUCGAAUGGGAGCAAGUGAUAUUCCUCCUUUGGGAUGUAAAUAUGAUCCUAUUCAUUCCAUAACGAUGGCAUGUUUAUUUCCAAAUGUUCUUCAACAUUUACAACAACAAAUCGAUGAGUUAAAUCUCACACAAUCUUUUUCAUGGGAAGUGAGAAUGAAUGUUGAAAAAAGACCAGAACUCGAACACACCGAUGGUUUACAUCGACUCUUGUUUGAUAUUUAUUUACCUUUUAAAAAAACUAGUUUUAAGGAGAACACAAUGAAUGACCUGACGACAACCUUCUAUCAACCUUCUUCUUCUCCUCUUCAACAACAACAACAACAACACAACAACCACACCACUUACGACUACAUUCAUGAAGCCAUUUUUGAUAUUUUUGAUGUCCAUCAUGAUGAUGAUACUUCUUCUUCACAAUUCAUGAAACGAUCUCAACAACACUACAUUUCCACCAAUGAAAUAACCUCUUAUAUUCCCAAAUCAUGUUCUCCUUCGAGUCUACUACGAAGGUUGUGUGAUCACUUACCUAAAAUGAAGAAUAUGUCCGACAUUGGUAUUCUCUGGAAGAAUUUCAUUCGAAUUUUAUUUAAAUUUUGGGAAGAAACAAAUAUUCAAGAUCUUUCAGUAUUGGCACAAAUUGCUCCAGAUCAAUCUUUUAUUCCAUUCACAAAGGAUAAUGUGAGUUGGACUCCAAGUUGUUUAUUAGAACAAAAAAUUGACAUGUUGAAUGUGUGUUGUAAACGAGAAUGUGAAUUGGCAAGAAAAAAAUGGAAAAGAAAAGAAUUGAAAAGAAAAGAAUGGAAAGAUUCAGGAUUGGAUAUUUCAGAGGAUGAAGAAGAAGAGGAUGAUGAUGAAUUUUAUGAUGUACAAAGUGAGAAUGAUGAUGAUAGGAAUAAUACUUGUUCUUCUUCUCAAAUAGAUGAACAACAACAAUCACAACAACCAUUCACACAACAUUCUCCUCACAUCAAACAAGUACUCGAAAUUUCGAAUGGUCGAAAAAUUAACAUUCCCAUUACUCAAUACAUUCCAACAAAAACUGAAGAUGUGAUUGAAGAAGAACAACAUUUACUUUCGAAUAUGGAAUCUUCACAACAACGUGCAAGAUAUCAAUGUGAAGGUUUAUUAUCAGAUAUGCAAGCAUUUAAGUAUGUCAAUCCCAAUGCUGAAUUUUCAGAUUUUCUACUUUGGUAUUCUCCGAAGGAUGUGGUCGAUGCCAAUAGCAAUAGUCUCAGUUCUAGAAUGAGUUCACAAUCCAAUGAAAAUAUUUGGAAACAAUUUUGGGAGGAAGCACAACCCAUUCCAGUCUCAAAACAAAAACCAUUAUUUGAUCACAAAUUACAUGCAGAAAAAGUCAUUCACUAUUUAGAUACCAUAGAAAUGACCCAUGUGAUGGAUGAAUUAAUCAUAUGCUCUCUGGUAGCCACUUAUUAUUCAUUGAGGGAGUGGUGGAUGGAUAUUAUUCAUAACAAUGAAUCCAUGAUGCUACUACAAGAAACAAAAAAAGAUCUCUCUAUUCUUAGUGAUGAUUUCUCAGAAUCAAGAACACCUGUCAUUACAAAAAUUGAAGAACGAUUUGCAUUCAUAAGAGAACUAUUGAAAAAACUUUCAAAAGAAACCAUUCUUCAACAAACAGAUUUACUCGAAGUGCUCACAGAAAAAUUACAAGAUUUAGAGAAAUCCAUCUCGUUAGUGAUCUCUGUCUUAUCAAAGUUCCAUAACAAUAAGAGAUGGCUAUCAAGUCCUUUCAUCCAUUUCCUUCCAUAUAUGGAACAAUUGAUCUUUAAUGAAAGCUUUUGUUUGACCUCUCAUGAGAAUCCCACCAGCAAUCACCACAUACUCUGUCAAAUAUGUGCUGGCGGUGAGGAAGAGGAAGAGAAUGAAAACACAGAUACUACUACUACUAUGGUUGAAGAAAAGAAAUCUGGUCAACAUUCGAGUCGAGUGAUCCAUGCCACAGAACAUGCCAGAGAAUUCAUUUUGAGAUGUCAAGCUCUACGACCAUAUCUAAACUCGGAUGCCACCCCUCAACUCUUGUAUGCUCUUGUUUCGAGAGAUGAAAUUCGUGUUUCUAUUGCUUUAACGGAAAAGGUACCUUGGUAG